AUGCCCUCAUCCAAUAUCCAACACGAUGAACCCGUGAAAGCGCACGAUGACACUUCAGACCCUCCAGCUACAGACGAUGUCCCAGUCAAUAAAAUCACAAGCUUUCAUGGUCAACUGAAUCGGUUCCUUCUCAGAAAUAGCUCGGCAGAUGGGUCCACCAAUAGGCCGGCCAGUCCAUCCAAAAGGGGUCGUGAUGGCCUCCUCGACCCUAAGCUUGAAGCAUCCACAGACGACAUUGAGAGUAUCCCCCAGCAUAGAAGAAGUACUCGCAGUACGACUGCCAGUCUCAAAAGGCCGAAAGUGGAGAGUACUGGAAUCACAACGAGCAUGACCCAACCAUCUCGCAUCAUCCGCUCACGCUCCUCAUCCUCCAUCCCACGAUCCCCAACAGCCUCUCCAAAAAAGUCCUCUCGCCGCCAAAAGCCACCUCCAACCCGCGAUCUAACCCCGGCCGACUCCCUCCUCCGCGACACCAUCCCGUCAAACCUAACCCUCCUCCUCGUAGGCGUGAACCCCGGCAUCCUAACCGGAUCAACAGGCUUCGCUUACGCCCACCCCUCAAACCUAUACUGGAAACUCCUCCAUUCCUCCGGUAUAACCUCGAUCCGACACCCGCCCUCAGACACAUACAAACUCCCAGCCCUCUACAACGUGGGCAACACCAAUAUCGUGGAACGACCCUCCCGAGACGCAAGCAUGCUCAGCAAAGCCGAGAUGGACGCCGGAGUACCCGUGCUCGAAGCCAAAGUCGCCGCGAAACGACCCGAGGCUGUCUGUCUCGUAGGAAAGGGCAUUUGGGAGGCUGUGUGGCGUGUGCGACAUGGGCGGGUGAUUCGCAGAGAGGAGUUUCGAUAUGGAUGGCAGGAUGAGGCUGAGAAUAUGGGGUGUACGGAUGGGAGUGAUUGGGUUGGAGCGCCUGUUUUUGUGGCUACGACGACGAGUGGACUUGCGGCUGGGAUGAGUAUACCCGAGAAGGAGGCUGUUUGGGCGGAGUUGGGAGCUUGGGUUGUUAAGCGAAGGGCCGAGUGUGGUUUCGUUGCUUCUGAAGUUUGA